AUGAUAACCUGUAAUUGGAAUCGCCAUCGACGACCUCUAAAGAAAGAUUCCCUUUUCAGGAACCUGGAGAGCAAUUACGUGGAGCACAUACACCCGGACGCGUUCACAGACAUAAGACAAUUGAAGGACCUGAACCUGGGGAACAAUGUGUUCCCUACGUUGCCGAUUAAAGGUCUGUCGGGAUUGUUGCACCUAAAGACGUUCAAUAAUCCCGCCCUGAGGGAGUUCCCCUCGCCGGAUCAGUUCCCGAGGGUGCAGACGAUGGUCCUUUCCUAUGCGUACCAUUGUUGCGCCUUCCUGGCGAUCGAGCUCGAGGAACCCGUCACCAAAGUCCCUGUCCAGGAGUCGGUGCUAUUCCCGACGGACAAUGAGUUCGACAUGAGCCUCUGGAACUCGAGUCUGACCGAUAUCUGGCCCCAAUUGCAUAACUUGAGCGAGAAAUUCGGCUCAGAAAUAAAUGAACUUUGGGAUAACUUUGGUUCAGAUUUUACCUACCCCGGCAACCUGCCGUCAUAUGUCGAGGAUUAUUUCGACGACCAUGAAGGCCGCAACAUCCAGGAGGAACAGACGACCCCGUCCCACGUGCAAUGUUUGCCGCAGCCUGGACCCUUCUUGCCCUGCGAGGACCUCUUCGACUGGUGGACCCUGAGGUGCGGGGUGUGGAUCGUUUUCCUCUUGGCGAUGCUCGGAAAUGGGACGGUCGUCUUCGUCCUGAUAUUCUCCAGGAGCAAAAUGGAUGUUCCCAGGUUCCUGGUCUGUAACCUGGCCGCGGCGGACUUCUUCAUGGGCAUCUACCUGGGUAAGGGGUCUUUAGGGUCUGGGAAGACGUCCUGGAGUGGAGUAAAGAGGGCAGAGGGUCCUAGGAACACUGAUCAGGGACCCUUGGGUCUUUAUACUUGA